CGCAAAUUGCCAUUGGCGUAUUUGUCCUAGCUUGCUUGCCGUAGACUUCCGGCUCCGAGGACGCGGCAACAAACGGAUGUGACAUCGCUCAAGAUGGCGGCGCUCACGUACUUCGCUCCCAAGUGCAAACCUGGGCUGUUGGACCUAGGCCAGCCCUUUCUUGUGGCUUCUCUGAGGUUUGCAUCAAAGAAGGCUGGUGGAUCCACCAAGAACCUCGGAGGAAAGAGCCCUGGCAAGAGAUAUGGACUCAAGAAAAAUGAAGGAAACUUUGUCCAUGCUGGCAACAUCCUGGCAACACAGAGGAUAAUGCGGUAUCACCCAGGAGCACAUGUCGGUAUGGGAACAAAUAAGACUCUUUACGCUCUUGAGGACGGCCAUGUCCGCUUCACCAAGGAGGUCUACGUCCCACCACCUCGCAGUGAGGAGGCAAGCAAGGUCAUCACCAACCUCGCCUCAGGAGCAAUACUUUAUAAAACUUUUAUCAAUGUUUUUCCAGUAAAGCAGGAGCCCAAGUUUAAGUUGGUUGGGCUUUUCUAAAAUAAAACAAACUGUGUGGACUCAUGAAAUAAAAGUACAUACUAUGGUUGGCUGUUUUUGCAAAAUGUACACAAUCUUUGAAAUCAAUGCAGUAUUUAAACUCUACAAAUGUUUAGCAUCUUUAGGUAGGUAGGUAGAUACUUUAUUCAUCUACUUUUUGUAUUUUUUUGUUUUUAUGUGUGCACUACCUUUUUAACUCAGCAGUGGGGCUUGCAUUCGGUAUUGGGACCUUCAGUGGGGACUUAAUCCACCUUUUAAUACCACUACUCUCACAUCAAAAUAAUAUUAAAAACCACAAUAUUACGUGGCUUAUUAUUAUGAGAGAAAGGCAUUUCGCAUAUUGGGGAUGAAUACUGCAAUG